CAUCGUACACAUCAAUUGCUGGAAAAUAAUGUACAGAUAAUGUAGUUGUAUUACCAGUUAAACUUAAUGUAAUUGAUUCAUACAUUGUAAAAAUUCAAGACAUAAAUGUCCACAAUUAAAUGAAUUAAAAUCUUGAUAAUUUGAAUAGUUAUAUAUAAUCGUGUUUCCUUUGAAAUAGUUUUGUAAUUCAAUUGGUGGAGGUAAAUCACCGAAGCUAUCAAAAUAUACAACCUUAUCUUUAAUUUUGUAAAACGCUACCCAAUGACUUCCAUCACCUGAAGAUACGUCUAAGUUUAAUAUACCACAUUCAAUUGUUCGUGGUUUUUUAGGUAAGUCAUCUCGUGAAAAGACUCCUCGGAAAUGAUUGAUAUUAAACUUUGCAAUGUAUUUUAUAAUGUCUCUAGAUGUGAGUGGUCUGUCAGGUAACGUUUUUAUCAGUUUUUUUUCCUUGAUCCAUUAUUGAUUAAAUUCAAUCCGCUACCUUUCUUUUUUUUCGAAUUUUGAAUUGCAUUAUAAACACUAGCACUCCCAGACAUUAAACUACCGAGAGCUGAUAACCCUGCGAAAAUAGGAAUUAGAGGAAUCGCACCUCCUGUCUGACCUGGUGUUAAAAUCAAUCUUUUACCAUUAGGAUUUUUCUUAACCUUUCCUUUUUUUUUGCAGCUAGUGUUCUCUUUUUUAUUUUUUUAUUACUUUUAUGUUUACCUUUAUAACUCAUACCUAUUUUCUGUUUAACCUUCAUCAUACUUUAUUUCAGUAUUUAUAAAGAAGUUUAUAAAACCUUCACCAGUCUUAUCUGAUUUCUACUUACAGGUUGAGCACACUAUCUUUCACUGGUUAUAAAUUUAAAAGAUCCAGAGUAUUUAUAAGAAAAAAAAAUGGAUUUGAUUGAACAGAAAGAUAAAUUAGAUAUUUCGAACGUUGAUACUCAAAUAAUAAAAAAAACGUCAAGACAUGGACCGUUAUUACCUGAUACUAUACGUGCUAUUAUAGUCGGUCCUAGUGGUUCAGACGCUGAUAAAGUUAUAAAACCGAAUUUAACUAAAAAGAAUUCUGUAAUAAUUUUCGAUGAUGUUUUAUGUGGUCCGCAGUCGAUAAUAAGAGAAUAUUUCGGAAUGUGUAGACAUUCAGGUGCUAGCUCUGUAUUCUAUUUAGCACAAACAUAUUCUAAAAUUCCGAAGCAACUGCAGAUAUGGAUUUCUCAGAAUUUCGGAAAAUUUCUCAUUUCUGCUGGAAUCAUAGUGAUUACGGAUUUAUGGUUAUUGAUAAAACACGUGAAAUGAAUGAAGGUAGAUAUA